UUUGACAUGCGAGCGUUAAAAAAAUAACGAAAAAACUGUCUCAACAUUCGCUCACCCUGCAACCCUGCUGUAAUCCUGCCCGGUUUCGGAUGAUUGCAGGCACACUGGACACCGAACCGGACUCAUAAGCAUGGCAAGUGAGGUCAGUGGCGCGGCGGAACCAGCUGUCGCCGAGGAGAGUGCAGCGAUUGAUAGCCAGUUGAAAAAUGCCCAGAAGGAACUGCUGCGAGUGCGGGAAGAGUUUAACCAGCAGCGGGCAAGGAUGAAGGAGCUGUACCUUUCCAAAGAAAACGAAUGCAGAAAGCUGGCGUUGGAAGCGAACACUGUGCGGAAGGAGCUGGAAGAAACGAAGGCCCAGUUUAUGAUCCUGGAGUACAGCAGGGAGAAGGAUGCGGAAGAGCACAGCAAUAAAAAUGAGGACGAGGUUCGCACGCUCAAGCAGCUGGUCAACGAAACGCUGGACGAGUCGUCAAUAAUGCGCGAGUCGUUGAAAGAACUGCAGGACGAAAACAGUAGGCUUACGGAGGAAAUAACGCAACUCAAGGAGGAGCUUGCCGAUUCCAAUCAGGUUUCGCCCAGUCUUGCCAAAACGGUACAGCAGGCGAAAAAAAUUAUUCUCAAAUUCGGAGCCGCCGAUUCGGGCAGCUGCGACAACCUGGAGGAAUCAAUGCGGAAGGUAAAGAAAUAUGCGCAGGAAGAUGCGGAAGUGCUGCGAUCGUUGGUCGUGCCGCUGGAGGAGGAAAUAAAGUCUCUGAAGGAAAAGCUACGGCUGGCGUACGAGGAAAUAGAGACGUUCACGGCUGCGCGAGACAAGAAGGAUGUGCAAAAGUCCGCUCUGAUCGGCAUGCUGACGGUGUCCGCAGCAGGUAGCAUAGGCAGCAGUAGCACGACGGUUCCAGUGCAACAGGUAUCCGAGAUGGAAACGAGUGUGGCGUGUGAAAAUUGCGCGGCACUCGAGGCAACGCUUGCCCAGCAGCUGGAGAGCGAGCGCAAGCAGAAUGCCACGUGGGAGAAGAGCGUCGAGCGUCUGAAGGAGCAAAUUGCCAAAGAAGCGGCCUUGCGGGCCGACCUCGAGGUGCAGUGGCAUAAGAAGCGCGAGGAGCACAAGAACGAGGUACAGAAAGUGUCCGAUCGGGCGGCGCGGACGGAAGCGGUGCUGGACAAGCUGCGCCGCGACUUCGAGCAGCUGAACGUCGACCUGUCGGAGGAGGUAGCCAAGCUGACCGAAGAGCGCGAGCAGGUCUACUACAAGCUGAACAGCCUGCAGCAGGACAACGAGUUCCUGUCGGGGAAGUACAUCGCCAACUCGGUGGCCCUCAAGGACCUGGAAAUCAACUUUCCGCAGAGCAUCGAGGAGCUGCAAGAGCUGGUGCUGACACUGCACGAGAACUUGAUCGUGACGAAGGCGGGCUGCGAGUUCGCGGAGCGUAAGGCGGGCAGCAUGCAGGACGAGGUGACGCUGCUGCAGGAGCAGCAGCACUGCCGCGACCGGGAAGCGAAAAAGUCCGAGCUGCACUACAUGCAGAAGCACUACCAGCUGCAGGAGCAGCUGAAGCGGCAGCACCACGACUUCCAGCAGCUGAGCGGCCAGCGGGACGAGCUUGAGCGGGCGGACGCCGAGCACAAGAAGCAGAAUUCCGAGCUCCGCAUGCAAAUCAUCGAGCUGCAGGCGACCAACGAGCGGCUCGAUCGGCAGAACGGUGACCUGCGCACCAAGAUGACGGUGCUGCAGGAGGAUCUGGCCAACAACGAGGCGGUGCAGAAGGACUUCGUCAAGCUGUCCCAGUCGCUGCAGAUGCAGCUCGAAAAGAUCCGCUCGGCCGACACGCAGGUGCGCUGGCAGGACGACGACGACGUCGACCAGUGCCCGAACUGCAAGAAGGAGUUCACCGUCACGCGCCGCAAGCAGCACUGUCGGCACUGCGGUACGAUCUACUGUCAGCCGUGUCUAUCCAAGUCGGUGCCGUCCGGUCCCAACCGGAAGCCGGCGCGCGUCUGCGACGUGUGCCAUACGCUGCUGGUACAGGACACCGCGCCCUACUUCAGCCGAGAACCACCGCAGUCGCCCUAAGCUGAUGUAGUCUCAUCCCUUUCCUUCCCUGCUCCCCCACAACCUUAUUCGUACGCUGAAAUUGUUAAAUUUGUAAGUUAAGUUAGGAAAUGUAGGUGGGAGAGACGGAACGUGCGACAGAAAGUUCAACUUGCUGCCGCAACACGUUCGGUGCCACCCAAUAGCAGCGUGUGAGAGAUGCAAUCGCACGCUGCUCGGGGCCGGAUCCACUGAGUGAUAACAACUCGCGGGUUUAUUGCAUUGCACCAUGCAGACGAUACAAGCCAGAGUUCGUGCAUAAAUCCCGCGAAGCGAAGGGACAAAGGCUUACAGCACCUUCCCAGCAGUUGUGUGAUGUCAUUUCCGCAACCCGUUUUUAUAGUUUUUUUUUUACUCAAACACACACAUUUUCAUCCCAACAGUUGAUGAUGACAAGUGCAAUAAUUUUCUAUGCUAUGUAUUACGUACUAUUUCAAUAUUUGGCUAUCUAACGUUAGCCAGUUGCUUUUGCAUAUACUUCUAAGAUUUACAUUUCUAGCAUCUGAGUAUGCUGUUCACAAAAGGCACCGCUUUUGACGAUUCUUAAAUUACUUUUCACACCAGUAACAAUAUUUGUGUAUGAUUAAAAGGCGGAUUGCGGCUAAUCUGCAACACAACUGCGGGGGAACAAAAACACUGUACGCUUAGUCCCGUGAAGAACAAAAUUAUAUUUUUAUAUAAGUCGCCCAAUAAAGACAGUUUAUUUCAUCCGUGAGACAUA